AUGGUUACUAUUAACGAUCAGGGGUAUAUCACCGUUAACGAUAGGGUGCUAAAGCUCAUAAAGAGCCUUUUGAUCGUGCUUAUUUUCAUAAGCAUAACAAUUGCAGCAGUUUCAUCACGAUUGUUCUCAGUGAUUCGGUUUGAGUCAAUUAUCCAUGAAUUCGACCCAUGGUUCAACUUUAGAGCCACAAAGUAUUUGGUUCACAAUGGAUUUUACAAGUUCUUGAACUGGUUUGAUGACAAGACUUGGUAUCCUCUAGGACGAGUCACUGGUGGGACUCUUUAUCCAGGUUUGAUGGUCACUAGUGCCGUCAUUCACAACCUGUUGGCCAAGAUCGGACUUCCAAUUGAUAUUAGAAACAUCUGUGUCAUGUUAGCUCCUGCUUUCAGUUCAUUGACUGCCAUUGCUAUGUACUUUUUGACCUUGGAACUGACCAAUGACUCUGAAUCCAUCGCCAAUGGGACUGCAAAGGCAACUGCCGCUUUGUUCAGUGCAAUUUUCAUGGGAAUUACUCCAGGUUAUAUUUCUCGUUCGGUGGCAGGCUCUUAUGAUAAUGAAGCUAUCGCUAUCACUUUGUUGAUGGUGACUUUUUACUUCUGGAUUAAAGCUGUUAAAUUAGGAUCCAUUUUUUACAGUUCCGUCACUGCUUUGUUUUACUUUUACAUGGUCAGUGCUUGGGGUGGAUAUGUUUUCAUCACAAACCUGAUUCCUCUUCACGUGUUUGUUCUACUUUUGAUGGGAAGGUUCACUCACAAGAUUUACGUCAGUUAUACUACUUGGUACGUCCUUGGAACUCUUAUGAGUAUGCAGAUCCCCUUCGUCGGCUUUUUGCCCAUUCGUUCCAAUGAUCAUAUGGCUCCAUUAGGUGUUUUCGGCCUCAUCCAACUUGUUUUGAUUGGAGAUUUCUUCAAAUCUCAACUGUCCCGUAAAGUUUUUAUCAAGCUGGCGAUUGCUUCUGGUGUCGUUAUUGGUAUCCUAGGUGUUGUUGGCUUGGUUCUUGCUACUAAAAUUGGUCUUAUCGCUCCAUGGACCGGAAGAUUCUACUCAUUAUGGGAUACCAAUUACGCAAAGAUUCAUAUUCCAAUCAUCGCAUCGGUCUCUGAACAUCAACCUACCCCAUGGGCUUCAUUUUUCUUUGAUUUAAACUUCUUGAUUUGGUUGUUUCCAGUAGGUGUGUGGUUCUGUUUCCAAGAAUUGACUGAUGGAGCAGUGUUUGUGAUCAUCUACUCUGUUCUUGCCAGUUACUUUGCUGGAGUCAUGGUUAGACUAAUAUUGACCUUAGCUCCAAUUGUUUGUGUAUGUGGUGCUAUUGCCAUUACUAAACUUUUCGAAGUGUAUUCUGAUUUCACGGACGUUGUCAAAGGCAAAUCAGGAAACUUCUUUACCUUAUUCUCCAAGCUGGCUGUUUUGGGCUCUUUUGGAUUUUAUCUUUUCUUUUACGUCAAGCACUGCACAUGGGUCACUGAGAACGCGUACUCAUCCCCUUCGGUUGUUCUUGCCUCUCACGCAGCAGAUGGUUCUCAAAUUUUAAUCGAUGACUAUCGUGAAGCAUAUUACUGGCUUCGUAUGAAUACUCCGGAAGAUGCCAAGGUAAUGGCCUGGUGGGAUUACGGUUAUCAAAUCGGAGGAAUGGCUGAUAGAACUACGUUUGUUGAUAACAAUACCUGGAACAACACACACAUAGCAACUGUUGGUAAGGCAAUGGCUGUAUCUGAAGAAAAAUCAGAAGUCAUCAUGAGACAACUCGGAGUUGAUUACAUUUUGGUCAUUUUCGGGGGUGUUCUUGGAUAUUCUGGCGAUGACAUAAACAAAUUCUUAUGGAUGGUCAGAAUUUCCGAAGGUAUCUGGCCCGAGGAAGUCAGCGAAAGAGGAUACUUUACCCCCAGAGGAGAAUAUAAAAUUGAUGACAAUGCAGCUCAAGCCAUGAAAGACUCAAUGCUGUACAAGAUGUCAUUUUACAGAUUCGGUGAACUUUUCCCCUCUGGAGAUGCCAUAGACCGUGUCAGAGGUCAAAGAUUGAGUCGCUCUUACGCUGAGUCUAUAGAUCUUAACAUUGUUGAAGAAGUAUUCACAAGUGAGAACUGGCUGGUUCGUCUUUACAAGCUCAAAGAGCCAGACAACUUGGGAAGAAGCCUACUGACCCUGAAGGAUAACGAGAAAAAGUUGGCCACUAAAAAAGGUCGCAGAUUGAGGGUCAACAAGAAACCCUCAUUGGAUCUACGGGUGUAG